AUGGAGAGUAAUGACAAUGUAGUGUAUGAGUGGGGUUUGUCUAGUAGGAAAUAUCAUUUGGAUACAACCGAUACAGACAAUUUUAUAACAAUUCCAUGUAAAGUGAUCGAAUUCUCAGACGAAACAGUUGUUAAAGUUGUUUGUGGAAAUUUUCAUUCAUUUGUCCUCACUGACAAAGGAAAAGUCUAUGGCUGGGGUGCUAACUAUAAGAAACAAUUAAGUACAUUCCUUCCUCGUGCAAUUCUAUCUCCUUUUAAGAAAGAUAUUCCUAAUAUAAGGAAAAUAUCAGAUAUCGCCAUCAUAGAAUUUGCGAGCAUUGUCAAAUCUAGCGAAGAUCAACUCAUUUAUAUACAGGGUGAGCUAUUUGGGAUAAAAAUUAAGGAAUUUGCCAUCUGCGAAUAUACAAAUAUGUUUGACAUAUGCAAUUUUAUGGUGGCACAAUCACCGAUAUCCAGUAUUCAUACACAUACAGAUGAAGAAUCUAUGAUAUUAAGCGAUUUAGAAGCGGCUUUCGACGAUAGUUCAACGAGCGAUCUUACAAUAAAAGUUGGAAAGAAAUCUAUCUAUGUUCACAAGAAUAUUCUGAAAAGUCGUUCAUCAUAUUUCGCAAACAUGUUCCAGUUUAGUGGACUUGAAAAUAAACGAAGCGUUAUCAAAUAUGAUGAUUAUUCGUAUAUUGUGCAUAGAGCGUUUUUUAAAUAUUUAUACACCGGUACAAUCGAUCUAUUGUCUUUGGAAAAUGAAUUAGAGCUCUUGAAGUUGUCUAACAAAUACUGCGUGUCGAAUCUUGAGAAAGAUUGUAUUCGAAUAAUAAAAAAAAAGAUAACGGUAUUUGACGUAUCCUCUAUUAAAGAAAUAGCAAUACAGUGUGGCGUGAAGGAAUUGGAAGAUUAUUGUUCCAUCUUUAUCUUAAGACACGAUGUGGCAAAUUUAUACUGA